AUGACAUCAUCAUCAAAAUAUGUAACGUCAGAGGUACCGGAGAUAGUGGAGAUCCCUAUGGAUGUUACGCCAGAAGUACCAGAGGCUACAAAUGACAUUUCUGUAUUGUCAGACCUAUCGAUGGACUCAGAUGAAGUAGAAGAUAGGACCUUCAACCGUAACAUCAGAUUCCAACUUUCAGAACUGUUCCAGGGCUUAGCCGAUCUUUACCAUAAAUUAGAAUCUAUUCUUGAGGAGGUCUGCGAGGGUGGACAUGUGCCAUGUUCUGCCAAGAAUGACCUUAUGUACAAACGGCAAUUUUCUGGGCUCCUGUCGGAGGUCCUUCCAGGCAGCACGAGGCUCAAGCUCGAUUCUGGCAACAAUGCAACUAUUAAGAGACAAAAGACAAUGCCGAUGAUCGAUUUGACUUAUGAGCGGCAGAAAAGGACUUACGAAAGGGAAAAACGCCUGCAAGUGGAGAGAAUUCUGAUGCUACAUUCACUCAGUGGCAAUCAUCGUUGCACAUUUGCCAUUCAGAUCAUAGAACAGGUGGGCAACCUUCACGAGCAGUCCAUGGUUUCUGAAUUCGAAAGCCAUGCCUCUCCUCUUCCUAAACCAGACGACCUGUAUCAAUUUCGACUAGAACUUGAAACAGAACUCUAUCAUUUGAACACAGUUCGGAUAUUAGCAACUAACGUUUUUAAGGAGCGUGUCGCUGCGUCCAUUUCUACAGAAUCAGUUGUUAUCACUGUUGAAGAUUUCCUGGAUAAAAUGGAAGUCAUACGGGACCGGUUAAGUCGGAAAAUGCAAGCGAUGAGUGUUGGGCGAAACUAGUUGAAGCAUACGGCGAUAUACUGGAAUGUGUUGAUGAUGUCUUCAUUGAUGUAAUUAUACAGAGACAUGCCACUGAAGUGCAGCAAAUUUAUACCAAAUGCACAUCUAUCUUUUAAAACAAUACUGUUUUAUUGCUCCCGACCAUGACGAAUUCCUUGUGCUUGUUUUCAUUCUCUGAAUAUGUACAUCUCUGCUCGAUUGACAUGCGUUAACUUUUUAAAAUCAUAUUAUGAUUUAUAUUUAUGCUUACGUAUUUUCUUUCGUUUUGUUACUAUGUAGUAUGUUAUCGAAUUCAUAAUUAUUUGGCAACAUUUUGUUUAAUGGCAAUGGCACGGUAAGAUCUGUAGCAAUUCUCGAAUGCAUUGCUAACAUAAUUAUAUAACGGUGUUACAAUUUCGAUUGUUUGGACAUUAUACAUCUUCACUAUGUUAACGAUUCAUGAAUUGUAUUAAUCACAUAGCUAAAGCAACUAUUAUCAUUUACAACCUCCGACGAGAUUGUACAAUUUUGUCAGUCCUUUUAGACAUUAUUUUACUUUAUUAUUUUUUGAUGACAUUGUUUCCCUAAUUCAAUUAAACUACCACUUUAUUAACACAUCGUGCUAUUGGUUAGGUGAAAGCGUGUGUUAGGUUACCGUGUAAAUGUAUGACUUGUGUCAUUAAUUGUCUUUUGCUUUGGAUUUACAGAGCGUAAAUCCAAAAUAACAUAACUGUAUUAUUGUACAUAGGAUUUUAUUUGUUUUCUUAAAUAGUUUUGAUGUUAAAUGCCUUUUGUAAUUUUUAUACUUUUUGUAUGUUUUAUACGUCGUGUUUUACCAUUUGAGAUUUUGUUUAUCUCUGAGGCAAUGCAAUCCUUAUUAUAUUGAAUGUAUGGACUUUAGUUGUAAGUUCAUGCUAAUCUUAUUUCCAGAAUUGCACAUUCCCUCAGUAUUUGUAUAUGUGAAAUUCAGUGAGGUAGUUGGAUAGUCAUGUGCCUUAAGAAAUUGUAUUGAUGUAAAUGAGGUUGAGAGUAUUCAAAAUGCUGUCACCUUGUACAUGUUUUUAUAUACGAUAAAUAAUAUACUUAGAAAUUAAAACCAGAUUGAAAUAUUACACCAAAUAUGUAUUAAUUAUACAUAUCUACCAAACUAUAUUUUACUUUUAGAAUUUGUGCCAUUGAUAUUUUAUAACGUUUUCUAUGUACAUAAAGUUGUAUUCUUAAAUUUGCCGUUAUUAUGUACCCCACCUCCUUUGAAGAAGCUGUGGUAUAUUGAAUUGCAACUGUCCGUCGGUCGGUUGAUAGGUCGGUCCGUUGACCGCUUGUUUCCUCGCUAUAUCUAGUGAAUUCUUUGACCAAGUAUAAUGCUAAUUUACAUAUUAGUUACGUGGAAAGAAAGCAUAAAUCCUAUUGAUUUUUAGGUAAACUGGCAAAAUAAAAUGUCAUAGGGACUUGUAACACGAAAUUCGUUACCGCACAAGAUCUUGAGGAUGAUUUUACCUACCAGCUUUAACAUUAUUAUAGUCUUUACUUGGGUGGAAAAAAUAGGCCAAUAAAGUUUGAAGUUAUGAAGUAAACUGUGAAGGUCACACGGACUUGUAGUAUGAUAUUGGUGUCCGCAUAAUAUCUAGAGAACGCUCUGACCUAUGAUCACACAAAGUGAUUUGGUGCUUCAUUGGGAGUAUUGUGUAAUCCAAUCGAAAAUUACAAUUUCAUAAAAUAAUCUAUUAUCUCAUUUUUAUCUUUAACUUAUUUAAUAAUUUUAAUUAAUCCUAAUUAACAUAGUUUUAAUUAAUUUCAAUUCACAAAUUUUUAAUAGUUAUUGUAUAAUUUUUGAAGCGCUUAAUUUUAUGUAAGGAAUUGUGCACUUUAUUUUCUGAUAACAAUAUAUAAAAUUGAUAGCAGUUUUACGCACUUGCGUUAAGCCCCUUUUUCCCAGAGCACUACUCAUUUUUGUAGGCACAUUUUCCAUUUUGAAGUUCACAUCGUGCAUUUAAUUUAUGAAGUUAUAGAAAUAUGUAAUACAUAAACAGAUAAUAAAUAAAAAAUAGAAUCAAUAAACAAAUGAACAAAAAUAUGGAAAAGAAAAACAACAGCAAAAAAAUAUUUCUCUGUCGGACUAAAUCACCCGCAUGGGUUAUACAGGUACCCUUCAUCCCGGAGUUUUACCUGUGUGCACUUUUACUAUGAAUGAAUCAAACAAACCAAACAAAAGUCGGUCAUAGGGCAAAGAGUUAUACAUUCCUAUACAAAUACUUUUCCAUGUUGGGAAUGACGGAAAGUAGUACGGAGAAUCGGAAAAUUCCG